AGCGGAGGGCAGCAGCCGGGAGGGCCGCUCUGUCAGCACGGACUACCGCCGCCGGCUCUGGAAUAAUAAACACGCCUUUUUCUUCAGCCGUGUGUCCGCGAAACGGACAGCCAGUCGUUUCUUUUUUAUAUACCGGGAGGACAAAGCUGGCGGAUGGUUUUCGGAGCCACUCGCACUGUGUUCCUUCCCCUCCCUCAGCCGCGCUGAUUUCCUCCGCUGACCAGCUGUCUUCAAAAACCGGCUCCGGUGCCUCUCCCCUUCUCCUCCUCCUUUUCCUCCUCCUCCUCCUCCUCUUCCUCUCCCCCUCUCCUCUCCUCUCCUCACUUUCUCCCCCGGCUGUCACUCCUGUGUCGCCGCAGAGAUGCCCAGCUCGCUUUUCGCCGACAGCAGCGUGCCUGGAGACGCGCUGGACGACCAGCGAGCCCUGCAGAUCGCCCUGGACCAGCUCUCCCUGCUGGGCUUGGACAACGACGAGAACCCGCUGUACGACAACAACCAGGAGCCCCGGAAGAAGAGCGUCAACAUGACGGAAUGCGUCCCAGUUCCCAGCUCCGAGCAUGUGGCGGAGAUCGUGGGCAGGCAAGGUUGCAAAAUCAAAGCACUGCGAGCAAAGACCAACACUUACAUCAAGACGCCGGUCCGAGGCGAGGAGCCCGUGUUUGUGGUGACGGGCAGGAGGGAGGACGUCGCCAUGGCCAGGAGGGAGAUCAUCUCCGCCGCCGAGCACUUCUCCAUGAUCCGAGCCUCACGUAACAAAAACACCAGCCUGAAUGGGAGCGGCACCCCGGUCCCCGGACCGCCCAACCUCCCCGGACAGACCACCAUCCAGGUGCGGGUGCCUUACAGAGUGGUGGGGCUGGUCGUGGGCCCCAAGGGGGCCACCAUCAAGCGCAUCCAGCAGCAGACCCACACCUACAUCGUGACCCCGAGCCGGGACAAGGAGCCGGUGUUCGAGGUGACGGGGAUGCCGGAGAACGUGGAUCGGGCGCGCGAAGAGAUCGAAGCCCACAUCGCCAUGAGGACGGGGGGCCUUAUUGAACUCCAGGACGAGAAUGACUUCCACGCCAACGGGACGGAUGUGGGAUUUGACCUGCACGGGCACGCCACCCUGUGGUCGAAGCCCAGUGGGAUGACCCCCACGUCGGUGCGUAAGCCCUUCUCCAACUACCGCAACGACUCGUCGUCCUCCCUGGGCAGCGCCUCCACAGACUCCUACUUCGGUAACAACGGCUCCAGAAUGGCCGACUACAGCCCCCCCAGCCCCGCUCUCAGCUACACCACCACCAACAACAACGGCAACAACAAUAACAACAACAUCAACGUCAACACCAACGGCAACGGGUUUGUUUACGGGAGCGAGGUCAUCUCGCCGGACUGCACUGAUCUGACUUUUGACUCUUCGCCAGGGUUUGACCCUACACCAGCCCCCCCGGGCCUCCUGUGGUCCCAGUACGACAGUCGCAUGACCCCCUCCUCUACCGGAGGCAGCUCCCCCACUUCCACCUCAGCCAUGUUUCCAGCCAACUCCUCCAACAACGCCAACGGGAUGGCGGCGAACCAGAGGAGGGCCAACGGCUGCACCCCCCAGCCGAGGCUGUCCCCCCCCCUCAACGGCCACGGCGGGGGCCCCGCCGAGCACCCGCUGGCCAGGAGGGUGCGCAGCGAUCCCGGCGGAGGCCCGCUCAGCUUCCCCGGCUACUCCGGCUCCCUGGCCUCCCUGCCGGGCCCCCACCUCCCCGGGGUGCCGUGCGACUCCUCGGCCUCGUCCUCCUCGUCCUCGUCCUCCUCCUCCACCUCGUCCGGCACCAGCCGGAAGGGCAGCCGCGACUGCUCGGUGUGCUUCGAGAGCGAGGUCAUCGCCGCCUUGGUCCCCUGCGGGCACAAUCUCUUCUGCAUGGAAUGUGCCAAUCGUAUCUGUGAGAGGAGCGAGCCCAAAUGCCCCGUCUGCCACACCGGCGUCACUCAGGCUAUACGUAUAUUUUCAUAAAGACGCGCUGGACUCUCGGACUGUCUCGUCGUCGGGACCGGCUCACGAUAGCAACAACGGACUCUUCAUUCUGCUUUAAUGAGACCACCCAAUCAUCAGUUUGGAAAAAUGUACAUAGAAAUACAUAUGUAUGUAUGAGGCUGCAGUAUCCAGAAGAACGGACAGACGGCCUUCACGGGCUCCGUCGCAGUUGUGGAUAUUAUACUGUAGCUGGGGGAAAUAUUUUCAACAUCUAAGUGCAUGUUUUAAAUAUUACAGUAUAGUAAUCAAUAGUUCUAGUUAAUUGUACCUUAUAUUUAUGAAGCAAGGAGACGCAGUGGGGUCCGGACGGAGGUACGACGGUCAGACUGUAGACUGCUGGCGGGAUGAGCCUUCCAAGUUUGCCCAUCGAAUGUAGUGCGAGGCGGGGGGAGGGCCGCGGCCGGGAAACAUGGAGGGCGUCCAGCCAGACAGGACUGCUCACUCACAAAGAUACUGCAGCUCCAGGUCAGAAACCACACGGGGGACAGCGACAACAUAUCCUACAUAUAUAUGUAUAGAAUCGAUUUCCACACGCUGAAAGUUUUAAAUGACAUUAAUACAGAUUGAAGUAUUUUAUUCUUUUUUGACUUGAAAAAUUAUAUUUCUUAUCGCAAAGAUGUUUACAGAUAUUUUAAUUUAAGUUCAGUGAACUUUUUUGUAGCUGGGUUGAAAUCUUGUUUAUUUUUUAGUAUGGCCUUAUGGCAUUGAUCACUGUAUUAUUUUAAUAUCACAUGACUGCGGGAGGAUCCCAGUCCACCAAAUGUGUAUUGUAUUUGACAGUAUUCUGUUGGGAUGGAGUUUUUAUAGGUUCAGCAAAAAAAAAAAGAAAAGAAAAAGAAAUGUCUUUUAAAUCUGCUUCACCCAGCAUAUUUUUUAUUCAGUAAUAUAAAGCAUAUUUUAUUCUAUAUUAUUAUGAAACAUUGAAAUGUACAAAACUUAGUAAGUUGAACACAAAGAAACCGUUUAUGCUUUCUAAAAUUUGUAUGAAUUAGAUUCCAGUGGGAAUUACAGGCUUCUGUUGCACCACUAUAGUUUUAGUAUUUCUAUUUUAAUACAUUUGUUUACCACUUGUUUAUGUAUAUGUAGGUGAAGUUACUUGAGCGUAAAUGUACUUUAUUGAGCAAAGUUUAAGAACAAAGUAUAUUUUAUUUUAUGAUAAAGGGCCUUUAACCUCAUGGUCAAAUACUAAUAUUAUAUUUGCUGAGACAAGAUUUGAAAAAUGUAUCAAGAGUUUUAUUUUUCUGACAUUUAAAGUUAUACAUGAUAAAAAGUAAAACUUAAGUAAUGGUGCUACUUCAUGUUUUUUUAAGUAUUUCUAUAUAAGUCCAAUAAAAAAAAAAAAAGGUACAUUCAUGA